AUGGUCAAGGAAGGAUACUUGUUUAAACAAGAGAAGUCCUCUCUCCGUAAAAACCAGUACUGGCAAAAGUACUACUGUAUUUUGACAGCUGAUCGUUUAGAUAUGUAUGAAAAAGAGGGUCAAAAGAAUGUGAAAAUGAGUAUUAAAAUUAAAGAUAAAUACGUGGCAGAAGGAUGUGAUAACUUUUCGAGAAAGGUUGACACAUUCAAGAUUGAAGAAUCAUCGAAAAAGGUCCAUUAUUUCAAUUGUGCAUCACCUUCCGAUUACAAAGCUUGGAUGAAUAUGCUUGCUAUUCAUGGCGCAAAUCCUAUUCAACCUCCCUAUCAAUCAAGAGAACAUUUAUUUAGCACUGAUCUCAAUGAUCUUUUUGGAUUUGAUGAAUGGUUGAAAGAUGUUAAAAAUUCUGUUUCAAAAUCCUAUCCACCUGUCAUUGGAAACUGGUUCUUAUUUGUUUACGACAAGAAGGAGAAGAUUUUUAUUCCUAGAAUGGUUCUGUUACAUGAAACUGGAAUUGUUACAUGUUACAGUAAGGAAAAUGCUAAAGAAGUAUCUAAAUUCACAACCAAUGAUGCUGACAUUACCAUUUAUUCACAAUCCGAAGCUGUAUUUUAUGAUCCAGUCUCCAUAAAACAGAAAGCUAAUGUUUCUCCUGAGGAACAAUUAGAUACUGCACUCUUGACACCAAUUACAUCCAUUAUUUCUGUAAAAACAAAUGAAAAGUGGCUCAUUCCAACUGCUUAUUCUGAAAAAGCCAUGGACGCUAUUUGUCGAUACAGAAUUAAUAUUCUCACAAAUUAUGGUGACGUCGUCAUGUUGGUAGCAAAAGAAAAGGCAGAAAUUUUGGAAUUUAUUGGAGCAGCUCAAAAAGCUGGUUCAAAGCUCACCAUUAAGGUCAAACACAUCAAUGAAGAAAUUGAUGACAAUGGAGACAUUAUUCGUGACAGCUACAUUCUUAGUGCUGUUAAAGAUUCUUGCAAGAUUGCUCUCGCUAAAGGAAAGAUUUUGGAACCUUUUGUUUCUCAAAACAAAUUCGAAGCCACAGUAGAAACGGAUGAAAUUGUUGAAAUUCUAGAAACCUACAAGAAUCAAGGUAUUACAUUGAUCAGAAAAACAGAUUCUUCGAAUGAACAAGGUCUCGUUCCUGCUCACAUUGUUCAAGAGCUCCGAAAAAAAGAAAUUCCAAAAGAUUUAGAUCAAACCGUGAAAAAGAAGGCUGCAGCUCCAAGAAGAUUGCCAGAUCGAAAUGCAAAGAAUAUUAGAGAAAGUUUGGCUCUUACGGAAAUGCAACAUGAAAUGUUUGAAAAUGCAAUUGAUAGAAAGAACCCGAAAGCCAAGCCACCUGAAAUGCCUCCAUAUGAGCUCAGUAAAGAAGAGCAAUCUCAAGCUGCAAGCUUUCCUCCUCCACCUCCUCGUCGCUUCACACCUGAAGUUGAAGUUGCAUUUAAGAAAGUUUCAGAGAUUGCAGGUACUACUAGUACUACUGUGUCUUCCACCUCUACUUCAACAACCACUCAAGAACCAUCAACAACAACUACUACAGGUAGUGCUGCAACAGAUAACAAACCACCUCCUCAACUACCAGAUUCAAAACCUAGAAAAACAUUUAUUCACACAGCAUCAAUCGACAAUUCUUCACAAAAUUCCACAGCAAUACCUUCGACUCCUCCAAAACUUCCAGUUGGUGCUGUCAAUCCACUUUCUGGAAGAAUUCCAGUGGGAGGAAUAGGUCUUCCCAUCAAGACAACGCCUGUUACACCUCAGGAUAAGGCGACACCGGUGACUCCUGGCGAAUCCAAAGACUCUAGUUCUACACCAUCUGAUAAGCAUGAAGAUAAGAGUAUUGAUAAUUUUGGAAAAUUGACAAAGGAAAAUGAAGCUCUUAAGAAACAAAUUGAAACUGAAAAGGAAAACUCAGACUAUUUAACAAAUCAAUUAGGAAAAUUGAGAGAAGAAAUUGCAACACUCAAAACCAAGAAUCAAGCUCUUGAGAAAGUGAAUACUGAAAAUGCUGAAAAGCUCAAACAAUAUCAAGGUUCUCAAUCGAAUAAUGAACAAGUGAAACAAAUCAACAAUCUUCUCGAUACCAUUAAUCGUCUCAAAGAUGAACAUCAGAAGGCCAUUGAUAAGCUCAAGAAAGAUCAUAGCGAAGAAUUGGAGAGAACCUCCAGAAAACUCACUUUGGAAUUUGAAACUGAAAAGAAUGGCUUGUUAAGCAAGUUGGAGGAACAGCAAAAGAAGAUUGCCAAGCCAGUGAACCCAUUGCUUGCUGGUAACAAACCAACAGUUGGAGGUUCUGCUGGAAGCAGUAGUGUCAGCACCAUCAAGUCGGCAGGAUCGUCGCCAUCAACAACAGACUCCUCUUUGGAUGAUCUCAAGCGACAACUUGAGCAAGAAAAAGCUCUUAGAUUGGAAGAGACAAGAGACCUCAAAGAGCAACUUAGGGCCAUCUCCAAAAAGAUGGAAUUCGAGCGAGAACAAUAUCUACCACUCAUGCAAUGGAUACAAUCUCAAAAACAAUAA